AAACUGUGCAUCUUAUUAUCAUGUCCCUUGAGUUCACAUCAUGUGUUGAUAUUUGUGGUGUUGCAGAGUAAAGUUUGCGAGUCGGAGAAGGCACAGCAAGCAAUGGCUCCAACUCCAAGGAAAAGCAAGAAGGAGGCACCGAGUCAAAGUCCUUCCAGGCUGACUCGCGCCGCGGCUCUCUCCGCCAAGAGACUCACUCGCUCCGCCGCGCAUCUAGCCGCCCACUCUGGCUUCGCUCUCACAUUUUACGAGCACCACUCACCGACGAAGAAACGCAGCAAAAAUGCUUCCCACUCCAACACCGUCAUCGUCAUUGAGUACUGCACGCAGUGUGAUCCAUUCGAGACGAAAGCCACAGAGCUGAAAGAUGGGCUAGUGAACAGAGUUCCUGGUAUCAUUCUUAGAGUGAACCCUAAAAAGCCAAGAGAGGGUUGCUUCGAAAUACGGAAUGAAGGAGGCGAAAAGUUCAUCAGUCUCUUGAAUAUGAAGCCUCCGUUUGAAGCAUUGUUGGAUCUAGACAUGGACAAGGUCAUCUCGGAUAUCAGUGAUAAGAUCAAUGGACUAGAUAUGAAUCCUAAGUAAAUCUACUGGUGGAUUUUAGGCCUGAGUAGUAGUAGCUAGAUAAAUAAUUCUUGUGAUAGAAAUCAAAUGGGAACCUGCUUAUAAUUUAUCUGUUUGUUGUCUUUAUGCUGGUUUUUAGUUAAUUGACAGAGUUAUUUUAUGUUCUGUUAAUUGUCCCAAAUGAAUUCCAAUAUUUGGUUUAGUGGACUGUACAAGACUCGGGAGUGAGCACCGAUGGGUCCAGUUCAGAUUUGCAGUAUGCAGAUCUAAAUUGAUCAAUGGUACUUUG